AUGGGGUGCUACAAGGCGAUACUUUAUGCCACGCGAUUCUGUUGUGGGUGCCAUGCGGUGGAAAUAUUUGACGUCGUUGAGGUGCCCUUGGAGGGUGGGGGUGGCGAUCCUCCGGCGCGGGUGAUUAUUGACAGGUUCACACGCCCCUUUGAAUUUGCUGUCCCUUCUUUGUACGUUCAUGAACUGACCGCUGAUAUUGCAGAAUAUAUUCAGGCUGCUGCAGUGCUCCAUGCAUUCAAGGUGUUGUCCUCCGCGCCGUCAACCUCGGCAGUUGACCGACCGGUCUCUUUGAAGGAUUCGGGAGGAGGAUCCGUUUAA